AUGCCACAAUUCUGCUUCUCCUCGAACACAUUAUUGCAUGAGGGAAGGAACACUCCAGAAUUAAUAGCAGGACAUAGAGUUGCAGAAAUUUUCACUCUUCUGGUCAUUUGUCAUUUUCCUUCCGUCAAAACGACCAUGGGCAGCAUCACAAAAUCCGAGCCGUCAGGGCGCUUGCUCAGAGGCCAGGGACCUCCACCAACCCCGACGCCAACCCCCCAAAAAUUAUUCAAUAUCGUCCGUCAAAAGAUCCUCGACGCCUACGAAUUCCAAGACCUAUCGUUUCAGAAUAUCUCAGAUGCUACUGGUGAAUUAGUGAUAACUUCUCUUAGCGAGGACCAAGACGUGGAAAACGCGUGUCCACGGUUAGUGUUUCUCUACAAAUCUCUGUUAUGGCUAGUUUUUAAUAACUAUGACAGUAUAAACUACAAUUCAUACACUCAAACUCUUGACAUUAGAGUCAUGCCAACAUUUAUCCAUGACGCGCAUCAGUCAUGGCUAGUAAUGGAGAUGUCGCGCAUGGUUUCAACGGGUUUUGUAACCCAAGCAGAGUUUGACUCAGUUUCCUUUUUAGUCGGAACAACAUUUCGAGGCUUUCAAGGGCGCUACGCCAAUUCCUCCAAAGAACCCGACACUUGUCUGCUCCCAAGCAGCCAGCAUUUUCCAAGCAUUGUCAUUGAAACGGGUUGGGCAGAGUCGUGGCCAAAGCUUAGUAGGGACAAGGACCUCUGGCUACAAGGCGGCUGUCCCGAGGUUCUACUAGUCUUCUUAAUUAAGUGGUCAAACAUUACCAGCGAUAGAGUGAAAGGUAUCAUUGAAGUUCACCAACGAGAUAGUGGUGGGACAAAGCUGCUGCAAACAGAGGAUAUCUUUCCACGCCCGGCUACUUCAUCUACACAGUCUAUCCCUAUAUCUCGUCAACAAUUUCUCGGAUCAAACCUACAAGCAGGGGGUAAUACUACCCAGAUAUAUGAGCUUUCAAUAGAUCGUUUUCGGGAAAAAGCUGAGGGAUUCAUAAGAGGAAAAGGUUUGACCCCAGCUUAA